AUGGCCACCACAACCACCAUGAAUAAGUGGACGGACGCUUUGGCGACUUCGCUGCUUCCGACAGAUCUGCCGCCUUCUAAGUCCAGGAGGCUAAAAACCCAAUUCGCACGCGGCAUUCGACACCACAAUUUUGGCCGAACCAACCAGUUCGAAGUGGAAGAGCGUUUGGUCGGCUUGGAGGAGAAGUUCCAGGUUCUGAACUACGAUGAUCUUAGCGACGACCUACGCCGACAGCGGACCGAGCUGCUCCAGUUUCAGCAGCAGUGGGUCCCAGACGUCCUCGACUUUUUGCUUCGCAUGUCGAAGCGUCCGAUGUCCGCUGAUGACCUAAUAAAUGAUGCUGAUGAGGUUGACUUGGCAGAGGCGAAGCUGACCUGGGCAGACAUCGAGAGGGAUGAUCCCAUCAAUCGACGAGAUCGUAUGUGGCGUCAGCCUGAGUAUAGCGAUCUCAGCUCGGACGACGAUGCCAUCGUCUCGAGUCCUGCCACAACGCCCGAGAGUACCAAAGCACGUUCUAAGCGCCGUCGUGCAGAAACCCCUGAACCAGUGUGGUCCACCCCAGAAUCUCAACUCCUUGGAAAGCUUGUGCUGUCACCGGGCGAGGUCAGUGACGGCCGUAAAGUCCAGCACCUCUCCGAGAUCCACAUCAUCCGUGAGACCUUGUCCAUGCUGCAAGGUCUGCCGGCAAAAAUGUUCAGCUCUGGCGGUGGUAAUCUGAAACGACCUAGCGACAUCAAAGGUAGCGUCAUAUCCGAAGAGUCUCUGGACUCAAUGCUGUCGCGGGCGACAACGAUUUCGCAAGCCGCAUCUGUCGUCAGAGGAUGGACAUUUCCUGGCCGAAGGCUUCCUCACAUCAAGGCACUGGAGGACUCCUUCUCUUCGAUCAUUGAGUCGUUUGAUACGUUCUUGUCAACUUGCGAGGAAGGAGUCCUUCUAGCACAGCAUCAAGGCGGCGUAUGCAGCCUCCUGCAGACGACAGAAGCCGUCCACGAACAUGCUACGCCCAUCACUGCUGUGGCGAACUUCAUAUCUGCAGUGUCUAGCUGUGACGAACUUGCACUUUUGGAAGUUUUGUUCGAGCAUACAAUCAAGUUGGAGCAGAUUGGGGCCUCGACAGUGUUUAAGACGAUGUCUCAAGCAUUCGUACGUUCGAUGGCGGUCUACAUGGCUCCGAUCAUGACCUGGAUGGCGUACGGAACGAUUGGAGAAGGGACGUCUCAGCAGUUCGUGACGAGAGUUCCGGAUCAGCAGGAUAAGUCGAGACUCUGGCAUGGGUGGUUUUCUCCAGCAAACCAAGGUCGAGGACUACCGGCUUUUCUGGAGCCCUUCGCUUCGCGCAUCUUCGUCGCCGGCAAAACUGCAGCAUUCGCUGACGCGUUACAGCCUGCGAACUCUUCGUAUGCUCUUGACUUCGACUUCACGAAGUUCUUUCGGAGCGACGCGGAUGACUCUCUGCUGCCGUUCGCUUCUUCGUUCCUUGCGGGCAUCGAAGACUGUGUCAACAUGCAUCUAAGGAGCAAUACAGAACGCCUCAAAACAUCCCUUGAGCAAGACUGCAAAUUACCACUGACAUUGUCCGCAUUGACACACAUCUAUCUUGCUAAGGCACCAUAUUUCACUUCUGUGCUGGAUGCAGAAUUGUUUCGACGACUUGACCGAUCAGCUCCUUCUUGGAACGACCGCUUUGUGGUCUGCGACAUCAUUGAAGAGGCUUCUCAUUAUCUGGGAACAAUUGAUAUGAGCCGCAUCUCCGUUCAAUCAGAACAAAUACCUCGAUCCAGGCUAGUUCGUGAAAAAGGAUCGGUCAAAGUGCUCGAAUCGCUUGCCAUUGACUACCAACUGCCAUGGCCGAUAGCGAAUAUCCUUUCUGCCAACAGCAUUGCUUCCUAUCGAAGAGUGGCACUUCUGCUUCUUCAAGUCCGCCGAGCACGGUAUGUGCUGGAGAGACACGGCUUCGUCAACUUAAGAAAGGCCUCAAAGCCAAGGAAGUUGGCUGAAGCAACCUACUCCAAUCUGAUUGUCUUCGUCAAUGUACUGGAGGCUCACCUGAAGCACUGUGUGGUAGAGCCUCUCACUUCGGCGAUGCACAUCCGGCUGAAAGGCACGGUCGACGAAAUGAUAGUGGUCCACAAAUCCUACACUGACGCGCUGGAGCGAUCGUGUCUGCUAGCGAAGAACCUGAAGGUGGUUCACGAGACGCUCAUCUCAUUGCUGGACCUCUGUCUGGACUUUGGCUUCAGCAUAGCAGAUCCGAAGGCCGCAGGUGAUGACUUUGCGCUCAGCAAGACUCGUACGCAGUUUCGCAAGCUAAUGAACCUUUUCAUCGCAGGGCUGCGCGGAGCAGCGCGUGCUGACACUGGGAACAAGAAUGGCGAAGCAAGCAUCGCUGGCGGUGACAGAGGGGCCAGCAUCGGCGGACAUGUCGGCGAAUCGCUCGAACUCCUAGCAGACAGUCUUGACAGCGCACGAUUCAAAAUGUGA